AUGUCGCGAUCAGUCCAACUUGCGAAAAAGCUCUCCUCAUUAUACCCAUGGGCUACCAACCCCAUGAUCAUCGGCGCCCCAAUGCGGGUCAUGUCCGGCCCAGCCCUGGCCGUCGCAGUUUCCCGCGCCGGCGGACUAGGCUUCAUCGGACCCGGUGCGAAAACACAAGAUAUGUUAGCAGAUCUCGAAGAAGCCUCGUCCCUGAUUGAGAAAGAAAAGACGCUCCGAGCUGCCACAACAUCAUCGCCAGCCCUCCCCGUCGGAGUGGGCUUCCAGCUCUGGAGCGACGAUAUCGACACUGCAGUAUCUGCGAUUCAAAAGUUCAAGCCGUGCGCUGCAUGGCUGUACGCUCCACGAAAAGGGCAAAUCGACUUAGAUCAGUGGUCGCGCCGGAUCCGCAACGUCUCACCGCGCACCCAGAUCUGGGUCCAGAUCGGCACCAUAGCCGAAGCGCAAGGGCUAAUUGGGAGCUCUGAGCAUCCAGAUGUGAUUGUUGUUCAGGGCGCUGAGGCCGGCGGCCACGGACGCUGCAAGGACGGCCUGGGACUCAUCUCGCUGCUUCCCGAAGUGUCAGACGCUCUAGCGAAGAAAGGGUCACAGAUCCCUUUGGUCGCCGCUGGAGGAAUCGCAGAUGGACGAGGUGCAACGGCAGCGUUUUGUCUGGGGGCGUCUGGGAUUGCGAUGGGGACGCGGUUCCUCGCUGCGACAGAAGCGCGAAUUUCUCGUGGAUAUCAGCAGGAAGUUGUGCGUGCCAGCGACGGCGCGGUAUCGACGACUCGCACGUUGCUGUAUAACCAUCUCCGGGGUACUUAUGGAUGGCCUGAGGAAUAUAGUCCGCGGACGAUCAUUAACCAGUCUUUUAUCGAGCAUCAGGCGGGGAAGGCGUUUGAGGAGCUUAAGGAGCUCCAUGAUCAAGCUCUUAAUAUAGGGGAUUCUGGUUGGGGGCCGGAGGGGAGGCUUGCGACGUAUGCGGGGGCGUCUAUUGGGUUGAUUCAUGGCGUGCUGGAUGCUGGGACUAUUGUCACUGAUAUUCGGAGGUAUAUUGCGGAGGAGACUGGUUCUUCGAAGAAGGAGCCGAAGCUGUAG